AUGGGCGGCUUCAGGGAUAAGCUUGAAAAUCAGAGGAUCGUAGUGGUUGGAGGAAGCACAGGGAUUGGCUUCGGGGCCGCAGCAGCGCUUCUUGAUGUCGGUGCCCACGUAACCAUCAUUUCAUCCUCUCCAGCAAAAUUGGAAUCUGCAUUGCAAAAGCUGGCGUCUCCAAAUGCCAAGGGGAUUGUGGCCGACGUUCGUGAUGAGGCAGCCUUCACAGAAACGCUUCGAUCACUGGCCCCUGUCGACCACCUUGUCUUCUCGGCCGUUGACAACAUUAUUCGAGGCAAGUUAGAGGACCAGAACCUCGAUGAUGCAAAGCAUCUCUUUGGAGUAAAGUUCUGGGGCGCGGUCAUCACUGGAAAAGUACUUCUGAAGUACGAUAUUGUUCGAAGGGGAGGUUCUUUGACUCUCACAUCAGGGACAGCGGGCAUCAAGCCUGGCAAAAACGCUGCCAUUGGCGCAGCCUUGAACGGCGGGGUCCUCUCUCUCACCAAAGGUCUCGCAGCAGACCUCGCAGAGAAGAAGAUCCGCGUGAAUACAGUGGUGCCGGGCUUGGUGAAAACGCCCCUGUGGGAUAAGCAAGGCAAAACGCCUGCGGAACAGGAGGAAAUCUUCAACAAAGCCAGCCAAAACCUCCCGGUAGGAUUUGUUGCCACUCCUGAGCAUAUCGCUGAGGCGUACGUCUACGCCAUUCGCGCAGAUUACUCCACGGGGAAGUUGAUAGAGAUUGAUGGCGGUGUCCUGCUAUAG